AUGGCAUGUGCACCCUACUUGGCAACCCGGACCUUAAAGCAACUGGUACUCGACGAGGGACAUUUAUUUCCAUUGGCAAGGCAAGCAUUAGACGACUUUUACGUAGAUGAUUGCCUAACAGGUGCAUCAUCAGUUGAGGAAGCAAUCGAACGUCGUCGACAAAUAACGGAGCUGCUGAAGCGAGGAGGCUUUUCCACCAGGAAGUGGGCAACAAACGAUCCUGCAGUACUGCAAGACAUCCCUCCGUCAGAACGUGCAGUUAACCUCAUCCAAGAACUAGAUCCGGAAGCCAGUAUGAAGACUCUCGGCGUACGAUGGAACUUUGGAGACGAUACGUUCACGUUCAGCUCAUCAUGUGACGAAGCAAAAAACUUAUCAAGCAAACGGGACGUAUUAUCAAUGAUUGCUAGGAUAUUUGAUCCUCUAGGACUCAUCGGCCCAGUCAUCAUCCCAGCGAAAGCAUUCAUGCAAGAAUUGUGGCAGCUACAAAUCGAUUGGACCGAUCCCCUACCGGCAUCCAUGGUACUGCGUUGGUCAAAUUAUUUGGACAGCCUUCGUGACGUCGAAAACAUAAGAAUUCCUCGGCGUUGCAUCAGCAUUGGUCAUCCAACACGAAUACUCCUGCAUGGCUAUUGCGAUGCUUCGAAUAUUGCUUACGGAGCAGCACUGUAUCUGCGGACCAUCGACGAGGCAGGAAAUGUCAGUUCUCGUUUACUCUGCUCCAAAUCAAAGGUAGCUCCGAUCAAUACACCAACAAUUCCACGCCUCGAACUCUGUGCCGCCGUGUUGCUAGCCCGCCUGAUUGAAACCGUGAAGGCAGCUUUGCGAACAUCGAUUCAUCAAACCGUUGCUUGGAGUGACUCUACAACGACCUUGGCAUGGAUAGCGGGUCCUCCGGCGAAAUGGAAAACCUUCGUCUCCAAUCGCGUCGCCGAAAUUAUCUCCAUACUACCCGCUGUUAACUGGAGGCACAUUUCUGGAACAAAUAACCCCGCAGAUCUGUUAAGUCGUGGUUUGGCACCAAGUGCUCUGGCAACUUUAUCUUUAUGGUGGGAAGGACCGGAAUGGGACGAUAGCCCACUCGAACCUGAAGUCAAGCAACCAACAGCAGCAGAAGUAGCAGUCAUCGAGAAGGAACGAAGAAAACAAAUUUCCGUUCAAUCGUUCGUAGUUAUUACCAGCGAAGUAGUCGAUCAGCUUAUACAUCGGUACUCAUCAUUUUCUAAGCUCGUCCGCAUUACUGCAUGGAUAAUAAGGUUCAUCACAAAUUGUCAGCGAUCAAACGAAGCACAUCAGUGUGGACCCCUUACGGUGACUGAACAGGAAGCUGCAAAGGUAAUCCUGAUACGGUAUACCCAACAAAUGGAAUACCCAGCAGAGAUUCAAGCAUUGGAACAACAGCGGCCUCUACCAAAGAAUAGCAAGUUACUACCUCUAUCACCAUUUUUGGACGACGGUCUUCUCAGG